AUUCCCCCCUUCUGUCUCCCUCUGCAACAUACCAGCUGCUCCAUCCAUCCCAUCCGCACACCACGUGACCUACUUCUCCCACGUCCUUCAUUCAGCACCAUGGCUGUGGAUGCUGCGGAUGCUCUCUGCUGCAUCCUGCGUCCGCGCCGGCUCUCCCUCAUCUUUCUCACCGUGACCCUCUCCUCUCUGCCAGCCCCGACGGUGGCGCUGCUCUGCGUCCGCCCCGAAGACACUCAGAGCGGGGAUCUGUCCGUGCAGGACGGGAUUUUGAGGGCGACCGAGGGGGCUCGCUUCACGCUGAGGGUUUACUACUCCGAGCAUCCUAACAGCGCGAACAUCAGUGGGAGACCUGACGCCGCACCUGCAGCUCCGUGGAUCGCCUUCAUAGAGGAGCCGAGCGGCGGCAGCAAGGAUGCGGAGAGGGGACUCCGCUCCAAGGGGGACCCGUGUGAGGAGGAGAGCUCCCGGAGCUCCGACAUAGAACUGCUGGGCUCCUUCAGGUCCACCUCAAGUCACAACUCUGUUCUGCUUGAGUUGCUGGCCAAAGACUUGCGCAAAGAUGAGGUGAUCAAAUACUACUCCAUGUGUGCGUUUGACGGAGUGAAAUGGAAGCACUUCAGGACCAAAGACUUCUGGCUGGCUGUGGUGGAGAGACCUCCAGAGCCAGAUGUUUGGCUCCAAGCGGGGGUCUCUGUGCUUUUAUUAGCGCUAUCUGCCCUGUGCAGCGGGCUGAACAUCAGCAUGCUGGCUCUUGACCCCGUGGAGCUGCGGGUCCUGCAGAACAGCGGCACAGAAAAGGAGCAGAAAUACGCAUGGAAAAUAGAAUCCGUGCGUAAACAUGGGAACUACAUCCUCUGCACUGUGGUGCUGGGCAACGUCCUCACAAAUACGUGUUUUGUGGUGUGGAUGUGCCAGAUUUUGGGAAUGACCGCACUCUCGACUACCUCCUGCACUUUGGGGAUCUUCUUUAUCGGAGAAAUAUUACCCCACUCCGUUGCGUCCAGGCACAGCCUCGCCAUCGCCUCCAAGACUCUGUGCGCCACCCGUUUGCUGAUGCUAAUUUUCUUCCCCAUUGCAUACCCGGUGUCCAAGAUCCUGGACAUCAUGCUGCACCAGGAAAUCAGCAGCUUUUACACCAGGGAGAAGCUGGUGGCCAUGCUGCGCGUCACGGAUCCAUAUCAUGAUCUGGUCAAAGAGGAGCUGAACAUCAUCCAGGGAGCCCUGGAGCUGAGGACCAAAACCGUGGAGGAUGUCUUGACCCCUCUGACAGACUGCUACAUGCUAUCAUCAGACGCAGUCCUGGACUUUUGUACCAUGUCCGACGUGAUGCAGAGCGGCUUCACCCGAAUUCCAGUCUAUGAGAACGACAGGUCCAACAUUGUGGACAUCCUUUUCGUGAAAGACUUGGCCUUCGUGGAUCCGGACGAUUGCACUCCCUUGAAAACAAUCACGCAGUUCUACAAGCAUCCCAUGCACUGCGUCUUCAGUGACACCAAGCUAGAUGUGAUGCUGGAGGAAUUCAAGAGAGGCAAGUCUCACCUGGCCGUGGUGCAGCGGGUGAACAGCGAAGGCGAGGGGGACCCUUUCUACGAAGUGAUGGGCAUUGUAACACUGGAGGAUGUGAUCGAAGAAAUCAUCAAGUCUGAGAUUGUGGAUGAGACAGACCUGUACACUGACAAUCGGACCAAGAGACGAGUGUCCCACCACGAGAGAAAGCAACAGGAUUUCUCUAUCUUCAAGCUAGGAGAAAAUGAGCUGAAGGUGAAGAUUUCUCCCCAGCUGCUGCUCGCCACGCACCGUUUCUUAGCUGCAGAAGUGGAGCCGUUCAGGUUGUGCCACCUGUCGGACAAGAUCCUGCUGCGCCUCAUCAAACACCCGAGUGUCGUGCAGGAGCUGAAGUUUGACCCCAAGAACAAACACGCUCCUCAACACUACCUUUAUCAGAGAAACAAACCAGUUGACUACUUCAUCCUCAUUCUGCAGGGACGUGUGGAGGUGGAGAUAGGGAAGGAAGCGCUUCGGUUUGAAAACGGAGCCUUUUCCUACUACGGCAUGCCAGCGCUAAUCCCGCCACUGCCAACUGGGUGCAACGCUGCCGAGGAUAAUCAAUGGCUGGAUCGUAGUUGCUUGUGCACAAACUCAAGUCAGAGCAUGAAAACAAGACGCGGCUUAUAUGCACAUCUGCUGCGUUUCUUUGCAGCCCACAGAUACAGCUCCCGAAGCAGCGGCCUGAACCAGUCGGACUCGUUGCUGAGCGGGGGCAGCGUUGGGCAGCUCACGGCGGGCGGAGGGGCCUAUUUACCAGACUACUCAGUGCGACAACUCACAGACCUGCAGAUCAUCAAGAUCAGCAAGAACCAUUACCAGAACGCACUGACAGCCACCCGGAUGGACAGCACUCCUCAGACCCCCGAUGCCGUGGACCCUGACAUUAAAGGGAGACCCCCGGGCCCGGAGGCUCGCUCAAACAGCAUCGCUCUCCCACUCAUGAGCGCACACACUCGACUGGGGCUGGCGCGCUUUGCACACCUCCAUCCAUACGGCGGCCUUCACAGCACCUCCCAGCUCAACGAGAGAAACCGCAUUGUUCGCAGCAAAUCUGAUGGGCAGAGGAGUCCAAAUGACACAGUGUUCCUUCGCAUGGAUGAGAUUCCUUACAUCCACGAGGACCGACCGGAAAGUUCUGCUGACAAUGAUGUGCCUACGGAGCCGUCCACCUCCCCCUUCAUCAGCUCCCUGUCCCUGUCCAGCUCAGAGGAGAACAUUGGAAAGAAGCUCCUGCGUAAACUGAGUAACAAGAGGAGGAAAAAGUCUCGAGAAGGAGAAAAGAGUUUGGAGGAGGAGGAGGGGUCAGAGCAGCCAUCGGUAACAAGCUAGUCCAGCAAAAUUGAGGAGGAGGGAUAAAUCAUGCACACCCUUCCUCUUGUUAUUCGCUGGACACCCUGCGUACCUAAAAGUUAUUUGAACUUGUUCAACUCUUCUUCACCCACUUAUAAAUCCUCAGGACCCCAUGGAUACAUCCUGCCCUCUUUUUGCCUGGAAAAAAAAAAAAAAGAACUUGAUAGGACAUACUUUAACAACACAUCCGACAAGUUAACUCUUUCAGCAGACUUCAUUCAGUUUUAUCCACUUUCUUGGUGCAAAUCGUCUCCAUAUUACCUUUUAAUAGUGGGCAUAUUUACAAUGAAAUACCUUAUACUGAAAUACCAAAACAUCAAAGUAUGAAACAGGGUUUACUUGAACAAACAAAAAAAAGUGUUUGGUAAUAAUUUUUUUCAUUAUUAUUGAUACUGUGUGGUAGUUUCCACAUUCUGAAAAUGACUGCGAAAGAAGCUUAUGAUGUUGCCAACCAGGGGCCCGACUACUUCCAGCACAACUGACAACACAAGGCGAAAUAGAAAAGGCCACCAAACAGGAGCACAAUUUACACAUAGCUUCUUAAAAAAGCCAUAAAAUUGCCAAUUCUUAGUCUGAUUGUAAAGAAAUCAGGUAAAAGUAAACAAAAAAAAAGAGAGCAAAGUUUCUUUAGUUUACAUCUAUACGAAAAGUGUCAACAUUGCCAGUGUAUGUGAUACGAAAAUAAUGCAAGUCAUAAAAAAAUGCUUUAAUUGCACAGAUUCAUCAGCACAUUACAUCCUUUUCCAGAUGCUGUCUUCUGACAGAAAUGCUUUUUCUACAUAAACAUCUGCUUUUCCCGUCAAAACAUUCCCGUCUGUCAACAAGUAGCCAAAUGGGCACAACUGCAAUACUUCUACCCAACAAACAUCCUCAACUUUCUCCUGACUUGAUCGCAUCCAGUAAAACAGAGUCUAGGGAAUUUCAUCACCUGCUUAUAGCCUAAUGUAGGGGAGCUUUAGAUAUUAAUAUUGUUUUUUUAUCGGUACCAGUCACUAAAGCUGCAUACACCAGCUAAUUAAUAAGCUAAAAGGGUUUAGGGAUCUGUGGAUCUGGGGAUUCAAACAGAUAGCUGCUGCAGUGCUAUCAAAAGUAUUCACACCCCUUGAAUAUAGUUUAAUAUGUCACAACUAGAAACUCUGAACCUGUUCAGAUUUUAUUUGAUAGAUCAACUCAAAGAAGUGCACAACUAUGAGGUUUCUGACUGAAUGUUUAUUUAUUUUUUUUUUUUAACAAAUAUAUAUGGUGACCAAUUAAGGCAAUUAGUUAGACUGGAUUUAUUUAGUAGUAUCAAAAUAAAGGGGAUUGAAUGCAACUGGUUGUUAUUGUCCUUAUAUAUUUCUUUAGAAACAGAUUGAAAAACAAAUUUCCUCUUACUUAACAAUUAUGAAGUGAACAUUUAGUGAAAAAAAUAAAAAUAUCGAAGUCUGGGGUUGUGACAUGACAAAGCACGGGCAAAGAGGUAUGAAUAUGUUUGGAAGCGACUGUAUACUUGCAUGUUUGUUUCUGCUCCUUGUACUGUAACCCUGCAAAGGCAUUGUUUCUCUUAUGCAUGCUAAUGUAAAAAGAAACUAAGCUCCCUGUGAAAGUGAAGUCUGCAGUUAGUCUAAGUAGAUUUCAUAAGUCUGACAAAGACUGCAGGCUAACAUUUAACACAAAAAUACCUUCAUAUAAUAGAGAAACCUUCAUGAAAAGGCUCCUUUAGGAGCUCAUAAUAAGGCACAGGAGGACAGAGGUCAUUUGAAAGGCAUGUCAGUGAACUUACUCAGAUAAUCCUACGUUACUGCAAUAAUGAAAUGGGGUGGUUUAUUUUAAAAUAAAUAAAUAAAUAAAAUAAGAGCAGAUUUAUGUUUGAUAUUUGCUGAUCUGUAUUUUGAAAUCGUGCCAGGUUCACUGCCAAACAGAGCACAGGCAGAGAUUUCAGUGAUGAAAGCCACUGAAUCCACACCAACGUCAAGUCGACCCCCCCUCCCCACAUCUGUUAACCCUCUUCAAACACAGCCGAUGUUUGGAGACUCUCCCUGAUUUAAUUCAUUCUGCCUGGGACGACAGUGUAAGUACAAAGGAUCCUGCACAGCUAAGCUACUCGGAGUGAUCUGGCAAGCGCAGGACACUCGGGGGUAAAAGUGUCCUGAUCCGACGGCUGACUCAGACAGAGAGGAUUUGAACGUGGCAUAAAAAUGCUUUUAGAGAAUUUAUAGAUUUGUUGGGACUGGUAAAAAUGUUUUGGAUUUAAAAAAAAAAAGAAAGAAAGUUAGGUUUUGCUAUGUAAAAUCCAAAUGACUAUAUGAAGAUGUAGAGAAACAUAUCAUUUGAUCUAAAUGAGAGAUUAUAUUAAUAAAUUUACUAACCUA